AUGUGUAUUAACAGUGUGACUGGUAUUGCUAAAUUAAAAACAGAUUUAAACUUUGUGCAAAUUGUUAAGAAAAAGACGCAUGCGCAAAAUGCAAACUGGUGGUACGUGUUUGGUGUUAUAACAUUAUUAACGUUUUGCACAAGAUUUUAUAAAGUCACCGAACCUGAUCAUGUCUGCUGGGACGAGACUCACUUCGGAAAGAUGGCGAGUUGGUACAUCAAUAGAACUUUCUUCUUUGAUGUUCAUCCACCGCUGGGAAAGAUGCUGAUUGCGCUGUCGGGCACUCUCACUGGAUACGAUGGUACAUAUCCGUUCGAGAAGCCGGGAGAUAAGUACAACGGCACGCGAUAUGAGGGCAUGCGCAUUUUCUGUACCGCUGUUGGUGCCGCGAUCGGCCCCAUGACCUAUGUCACGGCGUACGACCUCACUGACUCCGUGACAGCGGCCGCCCUGUCAGCGCUCCUCAUUGUGUUCGACGUAGGCCUGAUUACUCUCACCCAGUACAUCUUGCUAGAUCCUCUGUUAUUCGGGGCGAUGUCUGCCGCGUUCAUGGGCGCCGUAAAAUCUUCCAAACGCGCCCUGGCUCACGAACCGGCUGGUGGCUGGUUGAUGAUGACCGGCGCUGCACUUGCCGCAACAAUAUCAGUCAAAUUUGUAGGUUUAUUUAUAGUAUUACUAGUUGGAGUGAUGACUGUUAGAGAUUUAUGGGAAAUUCUGGGUGAUCUUACCAAACCAGUAGCAGCAGCUGUAAGGCAUUUGGUGUUGAGAUUUUUCACUCUGAUUUUGUGGCCGGCGUUAUUAUACGUGGUUUUUUUCUAUAUUCAUCUGCAUGUACUAAAUAGAAGUGGCAACGGGGAUGGAUUUUAUAGUUCUGGUUUCCAAAGUCAACUUAUAGGAAAUUCUUUGCACGAAGCAGUAAUGCCUCGCGAUGUUGCAGUUGGUGCAGUGGUCACUUUGAAGAAUCAUCGAACUGGAGGUGGUUAUUUACAUUCACAUCAACAUUUGUAUCCUGAAGGUCUUGGAGCUAGACAGCAACAGAUUACGACAUACACACAUAAAGACGAUAACAACAAGUGGUUGAUGAAAACAUAUUUUGAAUCCAAAGAAAAUGAUGAUGAGGAAUCAACUGAAGUAGAAACAGAAAAGGAAAUAAAAUUAUUGCGUCAUGGAGAUUUGGUUGUUUUAGAACACUUGGCAACCAGGAGAAAUCUGCACAGCCAUCGAGAACCAGCCCCUAUAUCAAAGAAACUGAGACAAGUGACUGGCUAUGGAGAGAACGGUACAGGGGAUGCGAAUGACGUUUGGCGUCUAAUAUUAGACGGCGGCAAACAAGGCGAUGUGCUGCGGGCUGUUACUACAAAAUUGCGGCUAGUUCAUUAUCUACAAGGAUGUGCUCUGACAACAACUACGAAGCAACUCCCAAAGUGGGGCUUCGAACAGCAAGAAGUAGGCUGCACGGCAAACUUGAGAGAUCCAAAUGCAGUAUGGAAUGUUGAGGAAAACUUCUUCGAACGACUUCCCAGUGUCAGCUUCCAAGUUUAUGCACCUGGUUUUAUUGAACGAUUUUUGGAAUCUCACGCCGUCAUGUUUCAAGGAAAUGCAGGGCUUAAACCAAAAGAAGGCGAAGUCACGUCCAGACCUUGGCAAUGGCCAAUAAAUUACCGAGGUCAGUUUUUCUCGGGUGGAAAACAGAAGAUAUAUCUUCUUGGAAACCCAGUUAUCUGGUGGGGAAAUCUUGUUAUUCUGGCGAUAUUUUUACUUUUAUUACUCUUCGCGCUAGUGCGACGCCAGCGCGCAUUUGCUGAUGCAGACGCCCCGAGUGAAGAUAUUGAUAAAUCUUUGCAAGCAUGCUGUUGGCUGUUCCUAGGAUGGUUUUUGCAUUAUGCACCUUUCUGGGCGAUGGGACGUGUUUUAUAUUUUCAUCAUUACUUUCCUGCUCUUAUAUUUAAUUCAAUGUUGAGUGGGAUUCUUCUAUCGCGUUUUUUGGACUCAGUGGAGAAAAAAUUUGGGGAGUUAACCAAACAAGCUAUACUAGGUAUAAUAAUUUCGGGCUUGACUGCCUCAUUUUUAGCUUUUUCGCCUCUGUCGUAUGGUAUGGACGGCCCACCAGCUUCAGAACCAAAUUCUACGAUGCGACACUUACGAUGGAUGGAUACUUGGGAAUUUUAA